AAUAAGGGGGGUAACUCUAAUAAUCUAGCGCACUGUCAACAAGGAGGCUGUCAUGUCGCCAGAUUGUUGGCUGCUGUGUGGGUAGACAUCACUGGAGCUGCUGUACAGAAUGGACCCAUUCCCCAUGUGUGUGGUGUGCAGCACGUCCUUCAGGUAUAGAGGACCACAGCCACACCUGCUUCCAUGUCUACAUCCUGUAUGUGAGAACUGUCUCAAAUCAACAGUAAUAACAACUCUCAUAUGCUCCAUCUGCGUGAAAAGUCAUGACAAAAAUGACAAGAGCUUCAGACUACUUCCUGUUGAUGAAAUUAUCUCAGCGGAGGUCCUCCACCUGACCUCCAAACACCGACCAGCAGAGUUCCUGUGUACCAAUGAUGAGGAUGGGAACCAGGCUGUGUGUUGGUGUGGGGAGUGUGGGGACUUCCUCUGUGAACACUGCCAGGUGUCACACUCAAAGAUAAAAGCAACCAAGAACCACACGGUUCAAUGGAUGUCUGAUAUAUCCAAGACAACCAAAAGAUCACAGCCUUUGUGUGAGAAACACAACCAACGAAUGGACAUCUACGACAAUGAUUGUGACUGUUUCAUUUGUCCACGAUGUUUUUACAAUGACCAUUCCAGUCACACAACCAAGAAAGCUGAUGAACUUCUGAAGAAGGAAGAAGAUAAUCUGAAUGAGAACUUGGAGUCUUUAUCAACAAAACAGGAAGAAAUAGUUCGAUCGUCAGACAAGGUAAAUGAGCAAACUGAGAGUAUUGGAAGGAAAGCUACAUCCCUUCGAGAAACUGUUCAGCACACCUUUGCACAAUUAAAAGCUUUGAUAGAUCAGCGAGAGAAGGAGGUUCUUGUGGAGUUGGAUCAGCUUCUGGACUCCAUGCGGAACAUCAAUAACAAUCGACGUCCAGUCCUGAAGUCAUCAGAGACAAGCUGCAAGACAGUUCGUGACUACAUCAACAAGACACUCCUCUAUGCCUCACCUUGCAAUAUCCACAACAUGACGGAUUCUAUCGCACAAGCCCAUGAGAUUUGUAUGAAGGCUGAUGUCCCCACUGUUGACAAAUACGAACCAUGUGUCGUCUUCUCAAAGCAAGGUUUACAAGAUUUGAAAUCCUCAUUAUCAUCCUUUGGGUGUUUCAUGACUCCAAUUACUCAGACAGAAGUACUGACAGACUUAUCAUCAAUUAAAUCAGCCGUUCAGAUGAAGCUGGAAGCACUUAUUGAAGACCUUCAGACACUGAACAGAGACGCUGAAACGCAAAUCAGUGCACUGAAAAAGGUGGCCUCAAAGAAUGAUCAAAGGAUAAAGACCUUGCAGGAAGAUGUGAUCAGACAUCAGAGAAUAGCAAUUCAGUUGCUCCCCAAAGGGUACGACAAAGACACCUGCCUACACGUGCUCGGGAAAGUGAACGAUGCACGACAUGUUGUCGUAUGUCCAACGAUGAUGUUUGAUUCUGACAGAGUGAACCGAAACGCAGCGUACAUUAAUGACAAAGGCCUUCUCAUCAACUCCGGACAUCCCCAAUUGGGAGGAAUGAAGGCAGUUGACACCAGUGGGAAGAUGUUGAAGAAUUACAGUGGCACCAGCAGCACCUCCCCAAUGCCCUCUAGCGGCCUGGUGUACUGGGAGGUGGAGGCGGAUGCGGAGCUGGACAAGCCACUGGGUGGAGGGAGCCUUGUGUUGGAGGUGGGCGUGUGUGGAGAGGAGGUCAUCGACAAUAAAAACUUUAUUGGCGGCCAAUAUAAUUCCUGCAGUCUCGACAUAGCACAUAAAUCUGAGAAUAAUGUGAAAUGGUAUGUAUCUAUGGAUGGAAGGGAUAUAGCAAGUUCAGACAACGUGUUUGCGAAUAAAGGUGGAACAUCUGUGACAUUGAAGUACGGGGUUCUUGUUGAUACUGAUAGGAUGGCGGCAUCUUUCGUGGACACCAACAACAGAGGCACAUUGGGAUCCGGAUGUUUUGGUACAGGCAGAUUACAACAUGGUGCUGGACAUAACAAAACCAUGUGGCCUGUAUUUGGGAUUUAUGGCAGUCGAAAGAGAGUUGAAAUGCAACUCGUGAGUGGACAGGAUGUACAGAUGGAAGACUGGAAGAAGCAGCUGCUUGAAAAGGCCAGACUGAGAUUGUCCAAGUAAUAUAUUGGGCAGAAUGGAAUUGACGCUGCAGAUACUGUUACUUUACCUCCCGUGUUCAACGCAGAUAGACGUCAUGGAAAUGUGAUUUAAUGAUUUAAUGUAAAUCAUGUGUAUGGAAAGACAGAACACAGAGCUCAACUUGCUGCUGGAAUGUGGCCUGUAUUUGGGGUCUAUGGCAGUCCAAAGCGAGUUGAAAUGGAACUCGUGACCGGACAGGAUGUUUCACCUUCAUUUGGAAAUUUGAUUGACUGUUAAACAUGUGUGUGGAAAGAUCGACAUGACAUUAUGCAACACUUCUUUCAUGAAUAUGUUUGGUUUUGGUGUAAAUAUUUGAUAUUUUAUGUAUGUUCUACUCAAGGACUUCUUUGAUAUCGACUUGUGUACACCAUUGUUAAUACUUUAUGGGUAUAAAGAUGUCAUUUGUUGUAUAUUAUUAGAGAGUAAAUAGAAACUUGGUGACUGGGAAUACUUUGAAAAUAUAUUUUGAUAUGCAUGUAAAAGUAGAUGAUGUUGAUGUUGAUGUGGAUGUGGUUGAGGAUGCCCCCAUUUACUGUUAACUGUCAUGUCUUGCACGUGCAUGGGCUUAACCACUGGUUGCGUUCAGGCGCAUGUUUUUCGGGUAGCUCUUCUUAUCACUUUCAAUACUUGUACUUUUCAUAGUUCUUUAUAGGCAUUGUCCAAUUUUCGAUUGCACGAUUCAGACUAUAUCAUGAUCAUGUGUUUAUGAAUCACAGCAAAUAGUGUGUAAAUCUCUAUCACAUGGUGACGAUACCACUUGUUCGCGAAAAGGUGAGCGUAUCCUAUAUGGAUCAAACAACAUCAGAGCAAGAGUUGAUGAUGCUCUUUGAAGUUGUGAGAUUGAGAUUUUUAGAUUUUGAGUUAUAAAAAAUCACAACGUCAAUAUUUCACGCUAUAUAAUUUUGACCAUACAUUAUUUGUUGUUAGUGUGUCAUUGGAGUAAAAUGGAAAAAAGUA